GGCCGGGGCCGGGGCGCGUCCCCGACGGCGACGCCGAAGCCGUGGCCCUGCAGCUCCUGUACCACCCGAUCCCGACGCGCCUGACGACGAUCCCCGCCGAGGACCGGAGGGAGGCCCUCUGCGCCGUGCUGCUCCUGCUCCUGUCCGGCGGCGACUACUCUGCCGACUCGAGGACGCUGGCCGUGUACCUCGCGUCCGCCCUGGAGCUGCCGCUCGCGGCGCUGGUACGCGAGGAGACGGAGAUCGCGCGGUCGCUGGUCGAGACGUCCACGUCCGAGGCCGCGCAGCAACAGCAACAACAGCAGGCCAUGUCCGCGGACGCGGAGGCGCAGAAGCGCAAGCAGGAGAACCAGAGUAGCCGCUUCUGGAAGGUCGGCCUGGCGUCCGUGGCGGGCGCAGCCCUCAUCGGCGUCACUGGGGGGCUGGCUGCGCCGGUCGUGGCUGGCGCUAUCGGCGGGCUCAUGGGUACCGUUGGUCUCGGGGGGGUUGCCAGUUUCCUGGGCAUCUUCUGGAUGAAUGGUGCCCUGGUGGGAACCCUUUUUGGGGCUUUUGGGGCCCGGAUGACGGGCGAGAUGGUGGAUCAGUACGCCCGCGAAGUGGAAGACUUCCGCUUCCUCCCUCUGACGGACGAGUGGGGUAAGGAGUGCAAGAAGGGCGACAAGGAGUUGAGGCGCUUGAGGGUCAUCAUUGGCAUAAACGGCUGGCUCACGUCGAAAGAAGACGUGACAAAGCCGUGGCGAUUCCUCGGGGACGACUCCGAAGUGUUCGCGCUGAGGUACGAGAUGGAUCGGCUCCUGACUCUGGGUAAGUCCCUCGAAGGCCUUGUGUCGUCCACCGCCUGGUCUGUCGUGAAAGUUGAGAUCCUCAAGAGGACCGUUCUGGCGACUCUGUGGUCAGCACUGUGGCCGGCAUAUCUGCUGAAGGCGGCUACAUUCGUCGAUAAUCCCUUCAACCUCGCUCGCAACAGGUCCGAGAAGGCGGGCAAGGUCUUGGCCGACGCUCUGAUCAACAAGGUUCAAGGCGAGAGGCCGGUGACAUUGAUCGGCUACUCCCUUGGGGCGAGAGUCAUCUACUCGUGUCUUAAAUCGUUGGCUGCUCGGCAGGCGUUCGGCCUGGUUGAGAAUGUCGUCUUCAUCGGCGCUCCUGUUCCUUCCAACCGGAGUCACUGGCAAAUGAUGCGGAGCGUCGUCUCGGGGAAGAUGUAUAACGUAUACUCGGACAGUGACUACAUCCUGGCUUUCCUCUACCGCGCGACCAGCAUCCAGCUGGGCAUCGCCGGGCUACAGGAGAUCAAGGACAUCGAGGGUGUGGAGAACCUCGAUCUGAGCCAGGAGGUCCAGGGCCAUCUACGGUAUCCGGAGUUGGUAGGCAAGAUUCUGGUUCGAUGCGGAUUUCCCAAUAUCAACGGAUCCGACGGGCCUAUCGAGAAGGAGACCAACGAGAUCAGCCUUGAGGACUCGGAUCGGAGCCAAGUCGGCACGCUCAUCGACUUGGGCGACUUGGCCAUCGCCGAACCUCCACAGCCCCAGCCGACCACGCGGGAGCAGGAAAAGGAAGCUGCGCCAUUUCCCAGGCCGAAAGACUAUGGCAGGAAGAUGCAAACAGUGCUCACCCGGUCCAAACCCCAGGCCCUCGAUGCGACUUUUGACCCCUUGGGGGUCCAAGCCGGGCCAUCGCAGGAGCCGAGCCCGCCUCCUUACCGCGAAACACAACAUUCCGUAGAAUCUAGAGGCGACUCCAAAUUCGUGAUGGAGGGACCGAACAUCAAGUACAGCGGCUCGGUCCGGGAUUUGGCAAUGGGGAAGCCGCCACCAGCGCCGGCCCAGGAAAGCUCUCCAGCCUCCAGCAAAGCAAUCACAGAUGAGUCCGGGCCGUCGUCGGCCGCUGCAUCGGCUGAGAAGGUCCAGAAUGACGAUGGCCACGGGGAUAGCAGCGAAGAUGAAGAUGGCUGGCGGAUCAAGCUGGUUGAUAACGAUGAGGAUGAGUUUGCGUAUAUGGAGCCAAUACCCAUGGAGGAUUAGGAUCAGUUUGUUUUAGUCGCGAGUUCCUUUUUAACCUGAGCCUAUAGAGUACCUACCCUACCUAUCUAUGAAAGGAGUAGUGCAGUCGAGGCUCCAACGUGAAUUUUGCACAUGCAACCGUCACCGGAUAUGCGCAGCCACCCGGUGCACACAAAGUCGUACGUUACUCAUCGCUAUCCUCCUCAUCAUCCUCAUCCUCAUCAUCUUCAAUGUCGAUCUCCUCUUCGUCGCUCCCCCUAUUCUCUUCCUCGUCUGCCUCCCCACCGUUGCCGUUCAACUGCUCCCGCUCGUCUUCCUUCCGUUUCCUCUCGUCCUCCUUCCGCGCAUCCUCCAUCAUCUUCUGCUUCUCUGCCCUCAACGUCCG